AUGUGUAACCAAGAAGAAGAUGUGGGAGUAGAAUGUAACCAAAAAGACGGUGGUGGUAGUGAAAAUAGUUCUUUGAAUGAGAACUUUGGAGAUUCAUAUGACGAUGAUGAUAAAGGAAUUGGUGAAGAGACUGCAAUUUAUAGUCAGGAUGGAAAAACAAAAGGUAAAGGAAAGGGGAAGGGAAAAGCAAAAGGUAAAAGAAAGGGUAAGGGAAAAGUAAAAGGUAAAAGAAAGGAGAAGGGCAAAGCAAAAGGUAAAGGGAAGGGAAAAUCCAAGAUUUGGAGACCAAGGAAACAAAGGGAAGUGGAAGAAUCAUUUGAAGAUAGUGGUUCAAUUGAUGAUGUGAAUGAAGGUGGGGUUCCAAAGGAAAGUUUAAGAGGAUUGAGUGACAUUGAGGAAUAUGAUAGUGAUGAGUUACCUCAAGAGUAUGAUCGUGAAGAUGAAGAUAUAUUAAAGGAUGAUAUUCAAACAUUCAUACUUCCAAAAUAA